AAACCGCCUUACCUUUGGUAUAUAAAUUUUAUUAUCGAUAUCCAGAAGUUUAUUUAGGGCUGUAAACAUGCCUCAAUCAAUGUUUACACGGCAUAAAUGUCCACAAACACACGUAAAUAUAAUAUAGAACACCAUAAAUUAUAAAUAUAAACAAAAAAUCUUUUAAUAUUUUUAUAUACAGUAUUACAGGUAAUACAGUUUUAUAACGGCAAUUUCCGAUAGUUCAAAUCUCCGUUUGAACGAUGUUCUUUUACAAAAGUCUCCCCACGUGUAACAACAAUCAUGGCGAAAUUCGAAGCAUCUCUUGAAAAUUUUGCGAGAGAUUUUAAAUCCUACACCGAUCCCGAAAAAAACCUUGUUAUCCAAACGAUCCUGACGCUAUGUGGACCUGAGCAACUCCGAUUUCUUUCGGAGGAACUGCACAGUUUAGUAAAACGCGACUUUAUCAAAUUUUUGCCCACCGAGCUGGCGUUCAAUGUUGUGAAGUUUUUGGACUAUAAAACUUUUAGCCGUUGUUGUUUAGUUUCGAAGGCUUGGAAUACGAUUUUGUCGAACUUUACCGAAGUAUGGACCGAGACUUGUAAGAGACUGGGUGUUGUUGAUCAGAAAUUGACAAAAACAGUUGAUUGGAAAUUGGAACUACGAAAUGGUCUUCGCAGAAUAAAACGAUUUCGGCGUUAUAGGACUGCCGGUUUUGCCAAACGAGAACUGGAUGGGCACACCGAGAGGGUGACGGCAUUUUAUUAUAAAGAUGGCUUGUUGGCAAGUGGUGAGAUGUAUAUUCAGACCUUGAUCAAUGUGCACAAGGGGUUGCACCGCUUGCGCCAGGGGCCCUAUGAUGUCAUGAUUGUGAAACAGGAGAUAUACCAUGCACGAUUUAGGGUGGCUUUAUUAUGGCACUCAGUUGUAACACUGUUACAAGUGUUACACAGUGUUAAACAAUGUUACACAUUCUUACAUAGUGUUACACAGUGUUACAUAGUGUUACACAGUGCUACAGAGUGUUGACAGUGUUACACACACUAACCCCACCGUGUUACAUAGUGUUACACACACUAACCCUAACCCCACUGUGUUACAUAGUGUUACAAACACUAACCCCACCAUGUUACACACACUAACCCCCCCCCCUAACCCUACCCCUAACCCUACCCCUAACCCUACCCCUAAAUAAAGAUAGUGUAACACUGUUACCUGAGUAUAUACUUGAUAAUACACCCUAAAUCAUGCAUCAUAUGACAGGAAUGUCAUUAUUGGAGAUAUUACACUUUAUUGCAUAUUUUCUGGCACUAACACCAACCUUCAGAGCCUUUGUUGCUUUGGGGCCCCUGUCCCACCCCAAAUCUUGGCGGCCCUGUCGAUCAAUGUCAUCAGUUUCGGCUGAUAACAAUAACCUUGGUCAGAAUAAUGAUGACAUGGUGCAAAAAUAGAGUACGCUCAAGAAUGUUUUGUAUAAUAACUUUGCACACUUCAAUAACUUGUAGCAGGCAAACUUAAGGCCCAUUUUGCACUAGGCGAAUUUGUUCGCACGAAGCGAAAAAAAUCUUGGCAUUGUGAUUGGUCAGCGAAAAAAUUUGCCGCACAAAAGUUGGAUCAGUUCCUACUUUUUUACUGUUUGCGCAAAAAAAAUUCUCUUGGUAGAAAAUGGGCUUUUAAAGACAGUGUACACUUCAGACAUGACUUGCACACCUAAAUUGUUGUCUUGCACACCCAAGGUCUUGUCCAAAACUGCCAUGCUAUGUAGUCUGUCUGUUGAUACGAAAUUGUUUAUUAUUUAAGGAUCGGAUGAUAGAACUGUGCGACUAUGGGACGUUGCAAGCGGCACAUGUAAAUACGAGCUAACAUGUCAUACCUGUUCUGAUUUAAAAUUCGACGAAGUGCAAGUUGUGACGGCCUCGUGUGAUAACACGCUUGCUCGGUGGGAGUGGGCGACAGGAAAUUGCCUGACGAAAUAUCAAGGUCAUGUUGGGGCAGGUGUGUUGAGUUAGGUGUUAAAAAAAACACCUACAGGUGGUUCCGGUUUCAUAUCGCGAAAAAAUUAGGGUCGGUAGGUCGGAAAUAAUUUUUUUUUGAAUAUUUUUUUCAUUGGUUUUUCAAUAAUUAGUGUGAGAACAGAUGCCAUUUUGGCAGCAGUCUGCAACCACCCAGAGAAAAUAGGGUCGCACGGUCAAUCGCGUUGAAAAAAUAAUAGGGUCGGCAGAAAAAAAUAGGGUCGGUCGGGAACCGGGACCACAGGUAUUUUUUUUACGUUUUGUCCUUAGGGUUGAGGUUGUGUUAGCAUUAGGGUUGGGUCAGAAUUAGGAUUGGAGUUAAAAAUGGGUCGUUCCAGAAAGGAUCCACACUCCCCCCACAGAGGAAAUUUCUGCCAGCUUUGUUUCUGAUAAUAGUACUGUAAGUGUAGUAGGUGGGUCUGCUUCUGAUUUCCUCUGUGAGGGAGAUAUGGAUGUUUACUGGAAUUAAUAUUAGAGUUAGGAUUAUUAUUACUGUUUGAGUAAGGCUCAUUCAAAGUGCUCCAAUCAUGAGUGUUAGACGAUGUUGUACGAAAAUUUUGAAUGAAGUCAAACGUGAUUCUAUUCAUGACGAGAACGAAAAAUUUCAUUGUACCUAGUCAAUGAUGUAACUUUUCUCUUGAGGGCAAUUAUUCUCAUGAUUGUGAUUUUAUGUUCAGUAUUUUGUGUAGACUAUAACACGGAACUGGAUUUGGUUGUGAGUGGAUCUUCGGACAGUACCGUAAAAUUAUGGCAGAUGUCUACAGGAUUGUGUUUGGCUACAAAGCUAGGGCAUCAAAAUUGGUUGAUUAGUGUAAGUCCGGUUGAUCCAGUAUCACUCCAGGAAGAAACACAAACUAAGUUAAUAUAACUCUAGGCUCAAGAUGCAUUGUAGCUUAAAGAUAAGGGGCCAUGCAUUCACAAAGGAUGUCCGAGCCGAGGGGGGGAGGGGGGUUUGGAAAAUUAGGACAAACUCGGACGUGGGGGGGAGGGGUUUUUUUAGCAAUCAGGAUGUCCGAAAUUUUAAAAAAUUCAAAAACAAAUUUCUUUUUCCUCUAUUUUGAAGUCUCUUUCCCAUUGUGAAAUUGGCAUUUUGAACACUUCAUAAUAUUAUCUAAUUCUUUCCUUCAAUACAUUUAUAGUUAUAAACUUUUUACUCUUGACAUAUACAAGGUUGUGUGAGUUUUUGCGAGGCAUGGCGGAUGUCGGGGGGAGGGGGUUCACUAAUUCGGACAAGGGGGGGAUGGGGGUCUGAAAAUCCAUCAUUUGGCCGGACAUCCUUUGUGAAUGGCUCCUAAGUUAAUUUAUUAACAAAGUUCUUGGGAAGCUUUUUUAUUAGUCUUACACUUUGUUUGAACAGAGACUUUUAACCCAUUAAGUCACAUUGCACCCAAUGCACUACUGGUACUUCAUCAUUUUACUCUGUCUAACGCCAAAUGUUUUUACUUAUCAAGGGGAGAGUGCUGGCGCUCCAUUGGUCAAUCGCCCCAUGUGCCUAGUUAACCCAUUGAGAUGUAUUGCACCCAAAUGCGCCCUACGUACCUUAUCAUUUUACUCUGUCUAAUGCCAGACAAUUUUACUCAUCAAGAAGAGAGUGCUUUCGCUCAAUGGGUUAAAAGGAGGCCUCUAUUAAAAAGCCUGUAAUGUGGCUCUGUGUAUUUAUAGCAUAUUUUCCAUACACACACACCUGUGAAUGCUUAGCCUGCGUCAGUAUCAGGCGCUAUUUAGGGGGGGAGGGCUUGCUGCUUAGCAUACAAUACCUAUGUUUGUCUUCAGGUUUUGGUAGCACAAAUUGCUCAAGAGUAUCAAACAAAGUUACAAAGAAAGUAUGUUGUUAUUAGCAUGAGCAGAGAAUGUAUCAAGGUGAUAUGAAUUAUUCCUGAAAUUUACAUUUUUACAGUAUUUGCAGGGUGCGAUCAUUCAAGAUUUCUAGUCGUCUGACUGGUACGCCAAUGAUUGUUGCUGCAUACUUGCGCUAGAACAAACUCAAUACUCAAUGUGUACUUAGUCUUUGAAAAUAAGGUUCAUAAAGUAAAGGUUUCUGAAAAGUAUAUUCAGACUACGAGAUAGCAAACGGAGUUUUGCUAUUUGAAAUGGGAGCUUUGCUAUUUGAAAAGGGUGUUUUGCUAUAUUUGAAAAGGGAGUUUUGCUAUUUGAAAAGGAGUUUUGUUAUUUGAAAAGGGUGUUUUGCUAUUUGAAAAGGGUGUUUUGCUAUUUGAAAAGGGUGUUUUACUAUUUGAAAAAGGUGUUUUGCUAUUUGAAAAGGGCGUUUUGCUAUUUGAAACAGGAGUUUUGCUAUUUGAAAAGGGAGUUUUGCUAUUUGAAAAGGGAGUUUUGCUAUUUGAAAAGGGAGUUUUGCUAUUUGAAAAGGGUGUUUUGCCAUUUGAAAAGGGUGUUUUGCUAUUUAAAAAUGGAGUUUUGCUAUUUCAAACAACCGACUCCAGCGUUUCUUUUUGCCAUCAGUGCAAUCCUGUUUCAUGCCAAGACAUCUCAGACACAUGAUAUACCAACUAAAUUACGGUAUUGAAUACCUUGGACUUGGAAAGGUCAUGUGCUACCAGCAAAGAAUAAGUACGCAGAUAGCAAGAGUUCCGCGUACCUACGUGGUACGUGACUGAAAACAAAGAAGUACCAGACUGUAAUAUUGGCUACCUCCGGUACGUAAGUACGCGAAUUAUCGCACCCUGAUUUGAAUGAUAUCUCAAAUAGGGAUGAGCCAAUAAUCGGAAAUUAAUCGGCAGAAGCAGAUAAUCAAACAACUUUCAGGCAGAGAGGUUAUCAGCCGAUCGCAUUGCCUGAUGUAUCAGCAUGUAUCGGUGGUUCAAUAAAUAUCAUUGUGACUUUUGGCUGGUUUGUGAGGCAGAUUCUCAUCCUACAUUUACAUUACACGUACAUAUUUUGCUAGGUGUGGUCAGUAAGAACCUCUGAGGAGUACGAUUGUAUUGCUACGAUAUCAAAUCAAAGUGAAAACUGCCCUGUGCUUCAGUAUCUGCCAAAGUUGCUGUGCAAUGGUCGUGAUAUAAUAUGCGCUUCAGACCAAGGUGUUUGCAUUUGGAAUUUGGAAACAUUUCAACUUACAAGGUAAUGAGAAAUCGGGGGCAGUUCCCCCCUCCCCCCCACACACACACCUAGUGUCUUCCACUGCACACCAUAUCACAUACCACGCCACACUACAAGACCUUACCUUGCCAUACCAUACCGUAUCCCAUCCUGCAGCAUGCCUGACACAAUACCGCACCUAAUUGCACACCAUUAUGUUAAAAGGUUGUUCAAAAAACAUGAUCACAUUUUGGUCGCAUUUGGUGAGAUAUUUUCACUGUGUUGGAAAAACAAUAAUCUGCAUAUUCUAAACAAUAAAACAGAAGACUGCCUAAGCGAAAUGCCGGCUCACUGGUCAAAACCAAAAGUUGGAUAUCGCUUUAUUGAUUGUGGUGGCGAGACGGCCUGGCUAAACGAUUGCUCGAAGGAGCUUGAAAGUGGACCGAUAUAUUUUGCAAGAGACGGCAAAACAAUUGUGAUUAUACAAUGGAGCAUGGACAGUAAAGUGGUCAAUGGCAUGAACCUUCAUGAAUAAUUUGGUAUCUUUUCAUGACAAACAUUUUUACUUGUAAUUUAUGAAAACUGUUGGGUUUGGUAUUGUUGAUUUUUAAUAAAAAUGCCAUUGUUUGGGGCUGAAUUACAUGAAACAGAUCAGC